AUGGAGGCGGUGCUGCUGGAGCACUUCCCCGGAGGCCUGGACGCCUUCCCGGCCGCGUACUUCGAUGAAGACGACUUCUUCACCGAUCACUCCUCCCGGGACCCGCUGGAGGACGGUGAUGAGCUGCUGGUGGACGAACAAGCCGAGGUGGAGUUCCUCAGCCACCAGCUGCACGAGUACUGUUACCGCCGCGACGGGGCGUGCCUGCUGCUGCAGCCCGCGCCCCCGGCCGCCCCGCACGCGCUCGCCCCGCCACGGAUCCGUUCCGAGGCGGAGCUGCAGCAGCUGCGGCAGGCGGCCAACGUGCGCGAGCGGCGGCGCAUGCAGUCCAUCAACGACGCCUUCGAGGGGCUGCGCUCGCACAUCCCCACGCUGCCCUACGAGAAGCGCCUCUCCAAAGUGGACACGUUGCGCUUGGCCAUCGGCUACAUCAACUUCCUCAGCGAGCUCGUGCAGGCCGAUCUGCCACUGCGCGGAGGUGGCACGGGAGGCUGCGGGGGCCCGGGCAGCAGCAGGCGCCUGGGUGGAGACAGUCCGGGCAGCCAGGUUCAGAAGGUCAUCAUCUGCCAUCGGGGCACCCGGUCUCCUUCCCCCAGCGAUCCGGAUUAUGGCCUCCCACCCCUAGCAGGCCACUCUCUCUCCUGGACUGAUGAAAAGCAACUCAAAGAGCAAAAUAUAAUCCGAACAGCCAAAGUGUGGACCCCCGAGGACCCCAGGAAACUCAACAGCAAAUCUUUCAACAACAUAGAAAACGAACCGCCUUUUGAGUUUGUGUCCUGA